AAUGGGAUUAAAGCAGACAGUAACGCUAACGCAGUUGCAAACGUACAAUUCACGCACACGAAACCGCCGAGGAAGAUCCUCCGAUCAAUCUAUGGCAAAGGGAGAAUGCUCAGUUGCCGGCGAUCUCAUCAACUUUUUAAACGCUUCUCCGACAGCUUUCCACGCCGUUGACGAAGCUAAGAGGCGACUGAAAGUUGCGGGAUAUGAGCAAAUCUUUGAAAGGGGAGAUUGGAAUUUACAAGCUGGAAAGAAGUAUUUUUUCACAAGGAAUUACUCUACCAUUGUUGCGUUUGCCAUUGGCAAAAAGUAUGUUGCUGGAAAUGGGUUCCACAUAGUUGGCGCUCAUACCGACAGUCCUUGUCUUAAAUUGAAGCCUGUUUCAAAGGUAUCAAAAGGUGGUUAUUUGGAAGUUGGCGUUCAGACAUAUGGAGGUGGUUUGUGGCAUACCUGGUUUGAUCGCGAUUUAACUGUUGCUGGAAGAAUGAUUAUUAGAGAUGGAAAAGGAGAUUCCGCAUCUUACUCACACCGGCUUGUUAAAAUUGAGGAGCCCAUAAUGCGAAUCCCAACCCUCGCAAUUCACCUGGAUAGGGGAGUUAAUGAUGGAUUUAAGGUGAAUGCACAAACUCAUCUCGCUCCUGUCUUGGCAACAUCUGUUAAGGCUGAGCUCAAUAAGGUGGUUGCUGAGAAUGGUCCAGAUGGGAAAAGUAUCCUUACUGAUGGAGGGAAGUCCAAUGAAAGUAGCCAGAAGCAUCAUUCUCUUCUUUUGCAGCUUCUUGCAGCUCAGAUUGGUUGUAAGCCAGACGACAUUUGUGAUUUUGAGUUACAAGCAUGUGACACUCAACCAAGUAUAAUUGCUGGUGCAAUGAAGGAGUUUGUAUUCUCCGGAAGGCUUGACAAUCUUUGUAUGUCUUUCUGCUCUUUGAAGGCUUUAAUAGAUGCCACUGUGUCAGAAAAAAGUCUUGAAGACGAGAGUGGUGUAAGAAUGGUGGCUUUAUUUGAUCAUGAGGAGGUUGGAUCUAGUUCAGCACAAGGAGCUGGAUCUCCAGUCAUGUUUGAUGCUCUAUCCCGCAUCACAAGCUUCUUUUCCUCAGAUUCACAGUUACUAGAAAAAGCAAUCCAAAAAAGCUUCCUAGUGUCCGCUGACAUGGCACAUGCCCUGCAUCCGAACUAUAUGGACAAACAUGAAGAGAAUCAUCAACCCAAGCUGCACGGUGGGCUUGUGAUUAAACAUAAUGCUAACCAACGAUACGCCACUAAUGCUGUAACCGCCUUUAUAUUCCGGGAAAUAGCAGCUAAGCACAACAUCCCAGUUCAGGACUUUGUUGUUCGAAACGACAUGCCAUGCGGUUCAACCAUCGGACCGAUUCUGGCGAGUGGGACGGGGAUCCGGACGGUUGAUAUCGGAGCCCCACAAUUGUCAAUGCACAGCAUAAGAGAGAUGUGUGCAGUCGAUGACGUGAAGCAUUCUUACGACCAUCUGAAGGCUUACUUUGAAGAAUUCACUCGUCUCGAUGCAAAGAUUGCAGUCGACAUUUAGGUCGGUCGAGUGGUCCAAAACCUUCAGUUGACCUUGUUUCGGUUCCGGAUCUCAUACAUGGUUUCACAAACUGUAGUUUGCUUCGCACUCGUGUAACAUUCUGUUUCGUAGUUUCAUAGACACUUAAUAAUGAAUUGAUGGAGUUGGUCCGAAGGAAAUCCGUCUUGCUUA